AAUUAGAGUUAGGCUAUUGGACGAGCAAGGUGCAAACACGCGGUGUAGUGAUUGCUGUACUUUCCCGGUCCGGAUUCAACAUUUCACGUCACUAGCAAUCUUCCGGACGUGCUCGAUCAGAACAAAUCGCUCGGGACGGUGGUAGCAUUAUCGUUUCUCAUUAGCACCCCGCACUCAAACAUCCGUCAGAAACGUGCAGCCGCCAAGAUGAAAGUCCUACGGAAGCCGUGCGCCGAUAGUAAUCAAAACAUAUUGGGUUUAUCCGCUCGCUGUGCCAUGAAGGAGAAAAGCAAAAAUGCUGCCCGUUCCCGUCGCGAGAAAGAAAAUGUGGAGUUUCUCGAGCUGGCCAAGCUGCUACCAUUACCGAGUGCCAUCACGUCACAGCUUGACAAAGCGUCCAUCAUUCGGCUCACCACAUCGUACCUGAAGAUGAGACAAAUCUUUCCCGAAGGACUUGGCACUGCAUGGGGUUCGGAACGAUCCACGCACCAUCCGAGCGCACGCGAUACGAGCAUUAAGGAGCUCGGGUCACAUUUGCUCCAAACGCUCGAUGGUUUCAUCUUCGUCGUUGCACCGGAUGGCAAAAUCACGUACAUUUCCGAGACGGCAUCGGUACAUCUCGGGCUUAGCCAGGUGGAGCUUACGGGCAACUCGAUCUACGAAUACAUCCACGCGUACGAUCAGGAGGAAAUGGCGGGCAUCCUAGCGUUACCGCAAGCUUAUCCCGCACCGCACAACCUUCCGGAUGCGAGUACCAUAUACCAGCACCAUGCAACUGGACCGCUAGGUGCCCAGGCGCAAUCAUUCGCCGCUGGGUUUGCAGGCACCUCCCCAGUGUACAGUGACACUUCAUCAGUAGCAUCGACACCUGCGACACUUGGCACACCACGGCCACCAACUGAGCUACCAUCUGCGCAGAACCUUCAUCAACCUAACCAUCGGCACAGUUUCAGUCAGCAGCAGCGAUCGUACGUGAUCGAAAUGGAGCGCACCUUCUUCCUGCGGAUGCGCUGCGUUCUUGCCAAACGUAAUGCUGGACUCACAUCGUCCGGAUAUAAGGUCAUCCAGUGCUCUGGAUACUUGAAAGCACGCGUCUUUCCACACGAGUCACCCAACGCGCCCGGAUAUUGCUGCAUUCAAAAUCUCGGCCUAGUUGCCGUUGGCCAUUCGCUAUCGCCCUCGGCAGCGACGGAAGUCAAACUGCAUCAAAACAUGUUCAUGUUCCGAUCGAGCUUAGAUCUGAAGCUGAUCUUUCUCGAUGCGAAAGUUUCACAACUGACAGGCUACGAACCACAGGAUCUGAUUGAAAACACGCUCUACCGGUACAUCCAUGCGGCGGACGUUGUCCACAUUAGACAAGCCCAUCAAACGCUUUUGCAGAAAGGCCAAACGAUAACAAAGUACUACCGAUUUCUGACCAAGGGAGGAGGUUGGCGAUGGGUACAAUCGUAUGCCACGAUCGUGCAUAAUACUCGGUCCUCUAGACCACACUGCGUCGUUAGUGUCAAUUACGUUCUGAGUGAUUUUGAAGUGCAAAAUCUACAACUGAACGAUAAUCAGGAGCCGAUAUCAACGAUGUUACGACCACAUUUCGAUCAGGUUAAUCCUUCGCCAUCAGCUCCACCAACCUUCCAUGUAUCAGCUCAUUCGCGCUCAUCACCUGGCCAAGCAAUUGGCACGGAAAAGACGCAUAAUGGCGCACCGCCAAUGAUUCCGCUCCCGGAAGCGUAUCCCACACCGUAUAUCGAGUCAAGCAAUGAGAUGGACAAUUUCCUCCAGUUCCAUCAUACUCUCGAUUCGAACGAGAGCAUGAUCGCCGAGCUAAACGGAAGCGGAAAUGAUGAUUCGUUCCUACCGUCCGAUCUCUGCUACGAUCAGUCUCAGUCUCAGUUCACCAACCAGACGCAGCAUAGCUUACCCCUCUACUCGACGUACGACACGCAUCCACCGGAUCGGGAAUUGAUCCUUCGCUCCUGCUCCGUCAGUACGAGCGGGUCCGAUACGGCGUAG